AGCUUUACAGCGUGGUUAGAGUGAAUGGGUCCUGCCCCCUAUGACUACACUGAGAUAAGAACAUGGAGGGCAACGGACGAGUGCGGUAAGCAGUCCGUAUUCGUACAAAACGUGACGGUUGUGCCAGCAGGUGCGCCAAACUUCACCUUUGUCCCGCCCACUAUCACGGUGUCAUGUGACACAGACUGGACAGACCCAGAGAGCACAGGGGGACCGGCACUGGCUACCUCUCUGUGCGGUCACCAAGUCACAAUCCAAACGGCCGAUGAAAUUUUGAACGACAACGAUUGUACUCUUAGGGUAAGACGGACGUGGACGGCAGUUGACGUUUGUGGACAGACCGCCACCGCCGACCAGUUGAUUAUUGUCCGUUCAGAACCACCGGCUUUCACUUUCGUACCAGCACCGAUUUCGGUACCUUGUGGGACAGAUUGGAACGACUUUGACAACACCGGUGGAGACGCCGAGUCCAUCUCUCCAUGUGGGCUCGAUGUAACAGUCGAGAGCGCAGAUCGUGCGACAAAUGACGAUUUGUGUGACACAAAAAUCCGACGAUCCUGGACCGUAAUUGAUAGCUGUGGCCAUGUUGCCAGAGCUGAGCAAAUCAUUAGCAUUGUCGUAAACCAACAACUCAUUCUACGUCCAUUUGAGAACCAUACGGCAGAGGUCUGCCCACAGUAUGAUGGGGAUUUGGGACCCAGCAAGUUCGACGACAAAGCAGUCGUUGAGAAUUUAUCGUCGUGUCUUUUGGACGCCCAUCUCACUAUUAACUCGACAGAUACGAUAGUGGCAUCAAACUCUAGCUUCGGUACAAGACUAAUUCGUCGAUCUUGGUCAGUGAGAGACAUCUGCGGCAAUGAAGGGUUUACCAACCAGUACAUAUUCGUCAAAGACAUCGAGCGACCGGAGUUGGUACUGGAACCUAACACAACUGAAGUCCGGUGUUCAAAUACCAGUGAAUUGCUGCUCCUGCCGGACCCUGUGUUAAGACCCCUGUACCCUUCCCCUCGCACCUGGUAUUUAGUCAACAGGAUGUCGUUACGGGACGUGACACAGGAUCACUUGUAUCACCACACUUGUAACGGGCAGACGGUCGUGCGGACGUACCAAGCGUACGAACUGACAUGUGACAUGAAUAUAACGCUACGUCAAUAUGUGAAAGUUAUCAGUGCGGUUACCACAACAACAUCUACAUCAACUACCACAACCAGUACGACCACGGAGGCCUCUACAACCAGUUCAACCACAACGGCAUCCACGACCUCAGCAACCCCAACCACCUCCCCCACCACAUCCACGGGGACUGUGGGAAAUGCUUUCACUCUGGCGACGCUGGGAGCUGUCGCUGCAGAGGAUUCCUUCGACAGUGAAGCAACAGAAGAGCCUGAAUGUACAGAUUGUGACUCAAACGUUGCCGCAUCUCCUCUAUCUCCUGUCAUGAACCUAGCAGAUUUCCUGGCAUUACUUGGACCAGACCAGUCAACGGCAGGCGACGAGGGACACAAUAUGGCGCCCACGAUCGCCCCACCAGCUGGUUACCCUGGACAACGGAGCCCGGAUAAUACUUUUAGAGGAGGAGGUCUUAGCCAUUUCUUCAAUUCACAUUCAAGACUGGGUAAUUUUAAAUACGACCCAGCGCCGGCGUCGCCAGGACAUGGCAAAGCUCCUGGGCAUGGCAACAGUCCAGGGCUAAUUUUUCUACCCGAGCCCAUAGUUGUGAACAAUCCCGUGGAGCAAACCAACGAAGCCGAGGCUACGGGUUCAUUCAGUUCGUCUGAUCCAAUGGCGAGACCGUUGAAUGUCAUCGGUUUAAUGCCCCCGAAACCAGAGCAGCACGAGAACGUAAAACCAAACAAGCAACCGUCCCGCCCACACAUGCCUUUCUUCGGGUUCAGUUCUCGGCUGCGUUCCACUGGGCACAGUGAUGAUGAAUUCCGGAACCCAAAGACCCCUGCCUCAUAACACAGUGAGACACAAUCCCAGAAUUAAAUCAGAUCUUCAGUGUAUGGGCUUUAAAGUUCCAAUAGUCAAGUACAACUGCCAGUAGGCAACACACCUGGUACAUGUAACGCCAUUUUUUCCGGGGUCUUGUCUCAACCACUUCUGGUGAACAAACAGUCACCAGAACACAAGAACAUACGGAGUAUACAAUAUAAGAACUAUUUAUUGAAGCCAAGAUGAUAAAAACUGUAAAAAGUAUCGGUUCCAAAAUGAGUGGCACCAUGAUUAUGACUAUCGUAAGGAGAUAGGAAUGGUAACAUGUACCAACGUUUAGCUGCACAAAACAGUGGAACCAAACAGUUGCCAACGAUAAUGUUUACUUAAAAAACUUUCUUUCAGAAAAAAAUCUCAUGCUGAUUAAUCGAUAUUGUAAAAGUAUAAAAAGGUAGUAGUCAUUCUGUUGAUUAUCGUGGAUAUUUGCUUAUGAUGAAUAAUAAAAAGCUAUUAUUAUAUUAAAAUCUCACCUAACACAUUUUGUAUGUGAAUGGUCAAGUAUCAUCGUGUUGCACUGCUCUUUGGCCCAGUCAAAACUAUCACAAUCGAGCGUUCAUAUCUUCGCAAUUGUGCUGAUUUUUAUUUUUAGUGACGGGUUUCGUCAACCCUGUCCUCUCC